AUGUUCUCCUCAACCGAGCGGACAACUCGUCGCGCCAGCGACGCCACAAACGAUUACUCGGCCGGCGCCAACAUGAACCCUAACCAAACCUAUGGUGAACAUCCCGCCUCCGGCCCAGCGCCCUCCACAGCUGGCUUUCACAAGCAUGACAUCCUCAACAAGCUCGAUCCCCGAGUCGAUAGCACCAUGGACCAUCAGCCGGUCGCUGCCAUGGUUGCCGCCGAGGGUACCUAUGAUCACGGUGGUCCUCACAAUUCAAGGGUAGCAAACGCUCUAGACCCCAGAGUUGACUCCGCCAGGGAUGCUUCCUAUCACCAUGGUGGCAGUUUGGGCGAAAGCAUGCAUGGUGCCGCUGGUCCUUCUUCUCUUUCUUCUGCUGCCGCAGCCGCAACCGGAUCCCACCACGCUUACGGCAACCGUCAACACCAUAUCCUACCCGAGGAUACCUACGGCCCAAGCCAGUCGUCCCGCCUAGCCAACACUCUCGACCCGCACGUCGAUCCCAACCACAACAACCGGAUGAAUAACCCAAACAGCAACGUUCCACUGCCUCAUCCUCACGAUGACCACAGAGCCCGUCACGGGUUUCAUCACGGCGUAGACGUGGCCACCAACGCUUCCACCGUCACCGCCGCGGGAACUGGACACGGGUUUGGUGCAGCAGGGGGAAGUCAUGGAAGUCAUGGUCAUGGUAAUAAUCAACAUCUGCCGAGCACGCAGCCGCAUGGGACGUCUGCUUCGGGUCAUAAAGAUGGGAGGGGAUAUCACGACAUGAGCGGGAACGUGAGUCAGGGAAUCCUACCGAAUACGGCUGGCCCGCAUGAGAGUGAUUUGUUGAAUAAAUUGGAUCCGAGGGGUGGUCAUGCUGGGUAUUGA